AUGAAAUCUACCCCAAGUCUACAGGUGGAUAUCAGUGCAGUUAACGACGCAGGUCUGACGCCGCUGCACCAGGCGGUUCUGGACGGAAACGAGGCGGCCGUCCGACUGUUCGUGGCUCACGGGUCGACGGUAAACAAACAGGACGAGGAUUCCUGGACACCGCUGCACGCCGCAUGCGCAGACGGACACGUAGAUAUACUCAGGUUUCUACUUGAAAGUGGGGCUGACAAGAACAUCUUGACAGACGAAGGCGAGCGACCCCUGGAUCUGGUGGAACCGUCUGACCUCCCAACCAUCCGGGUCAUGCUAAGUGACGUGAAACCAAAUACUGAUAACCAAUCAGAAGACGAGUUGUACGAUGACGUCACUGAUAAUGAUGUCACUGGAUGA